AUGCCUGAAGCUGAUCCCAAAUUUCUACAAAUCUACUUUAUGGGAGAUGAGGAACAACGAACUAAUACACGCUGCGCAUACAACCAUAUAUACCAGAUGCAGGAGCGAGAAAUUGUAGAAAUUUUGGAAACAUUUUUGCUGAAUAAUAAUCACUUGCUACGGUUGUUCAAGACUCUCUCCAACAGACUGCAAAACGACAACUACGCCAUUGUCAUUAAAGCAGAUAAAGUACCGUAUGGAGAGCACGCAGGCACAUAUAAUGUUCCAACUAUUAAUGAAGUUGCAGUUGUUAUGGCUGGUGACCCAUCGGAACGUCGAGAUAUACGCAUACAACGCAGGGAUAACACGGUGCAAAUAAUUCAAGAUAAUCAUCGUUCUUAUGAUGCAUUGCAGUAUCCGUUGAUAUUUUGGGAAGGAGAGGAUGGUUAUCAUUUCAACAUUAAACAAAGGAAUCCAACGACAGGUGUGGAACUAACCACUAUGACAAUUAAUAAGUCACAAGGUCAAACAAUGACGAUUUGUGGAUUGGAUUUGGAAAAUCCGUGCUUUUCUCACGGCCAAUUGUACGUUGCAUGUUCAAGGGUUGGCAAACCAUCCAAUUUGUUUGUGUAUAUUCCUCAAGGAGUAACCAAAAACAUUGUACAUCCAAUGGCACUAAGUUAGUUGAACUUUUUGUUAAUUGAAAAUAUACAAAUGUUAUAAAAUAUUUUGAGUUUCAACUUUAUAACCUUCAAUUAAUGCCAAUGUAACUCUUUAUUCAACACAGCUGCUACAUUCCAAUUUCCUCAUAUUGUACCUAUUAACACUACGGAUAGGUUGUAUUGUAGCAACAGUAUAAUAUGUAAUUUGUACUUUUCAAU